AUGCUGCCGUCGCCAAACCCUCCAAGCAGCGAGCCUGGCACCAUUCUAGUCGAAACUGAAAGAAUCAUUAUUCGGCGAUAUCUCUUGUCAGAUGCUGCGGCCUUGGCAUUAGCCGCAAACCACGAGCAAGUCGCCAGCUACAUGAGCGACCGUUUCGCCAGCCCAUACACCAUUACCGACGCCGAAAACUUCAUCCAACGGAGCGUCCACGAGGGUGAUUCCGCCGUAUACCCGCAUGCCGCUGCGAUACUCAUAAAGCCAGGCUGUCCAUGCAAUCCUUCGACAACAGAGCCACUCCUCGUUGGCGGCAUUGGCUCUCGUCCUCAGGCAGACAUCCUCUACAGAACUUGGGACUUGGGCUACUACCUCUCGCCGUCAGUAUGGCGCCAGGGCUACGGGACUGAGGCGCUCGGCGCAUUCGCGAGAUGGGCCUUUGAAACAUGGCCAACACUAAAUCGUCUACAAGCGCAGGCGUAUGAGAGCAAUGUGGCGAGCCAAAAGCUGUUGCAGAAGUGCGGCUUCGUGCUGGAGGGGAGGGGAAGAGGGGCUGUUGAGAAGAAUGGGAAGAUUAUGGACGAGGUUCGUUUUGGCUUGUUGAGAGAUGACUUGAAAUAG